CAUCCACAAAUCCAACAAAGAAAAGCCACCUCGCUUCACAAAACACUGCUACUAUUGAGGUGGAACAUGAUGCAAGGUAUGAUGAUGAAGGACCAAGGACCAAGGACGGUGCUGAUAACGGGAGUGACCCAAGGCCUCGGCAAGGCCCUUGCCCUCGAGCUCGCCAAGCGCGGCCACUCCGUCAUCGGGUGCUCCCGCUCCCAAGACAAGCUCGACUCCCUCCGCUCCCUCCUCUCUCCCUCCGACGCCGACGCCGACGCCGACUCCCCUCACCUCCUCCUCACCGUCGACGUCAGAUCAGACAGCAGCGUCGAGGAGCUCGCGCGGGUGGUCAUGGACAAGAAGGGCGUUCCUGACAUCAUAGUCAACAAUGCCGGGACCAUCAACAAGAACAACAAGAUUUGGGAUGUCCCGGCGGAUGAGUUCGACGCCGUCAUUGACACCAAUGUCAAAGGCGUCGCCAACAUGCUGCGUCACUUUCUGCCUCCCAUGAUUCAGCGCAAGCGUGGCAUCAUCGUCAACAUGUCUUCCAGCUGGGGCAGGUCCGGCGCUGCUCUGGUUGCCCCUUAUUGUGCAUCGAAAUGGGCAGUUGAGGGCUUGACCAGAUCGGUUGCCAAGGAGUUGCCCGAGGGAAUGGCGGUAGUCGCGCUUAAUCCCGGCGUGAUAAACACUGAUAUGCUGGCUUCCUGCUUUGGCGAUUCUGCUUCCCUGUAUCAGGCACCUGAUGCAUGGGCUGUCAAGGCCGCUGCUACUAUACUGAAUUUUACAGGGGCAGACAAUGGCGCAUCCCCUACCGUGAGGUAAUGAUCAGCAAUUGACAACUUUGGAGACCUUACUCAGGAUUCACCACUUUCAAGGAUUAUAUUGGAGUCGAUUUUAAAUUCCCAAUCUCAGUAUCUCAUUCAAUGAUGACAGUUGUCUAGAAUGCCUACAUGAAACUCAAUCUUCAAAAUAUAUGAUUAUACACAACACAUUUGGUGAACAGCAGAAAUUCCUCAUUUAAUUGAUUAAAGUUCUUAAU